AUGGCUGGUUACGCUUCUCGGUCACCCACAAGGCGUGAGAAGAGUUUUGAAGCAAGCCCCAGUGGCUCAUAUAGAGACGAACAACGGGUAUCUGCGCGCAGAAGGUCAGACGACCGUAAAGAACGUCGGCGGAGUAGGAGCAGAGAACGAGAUGGUCCCUCGAGCCGCAGAAGAGUCUACGAUGACGUUAGGGAUAGAGAUGAUGAUUACGUGCGGAAGAGGAGCCGCAGCCCCGGCAAAGACAGAGAUGAGAGGAAACGCGACAAGUCGGAAGAACGCAGAGUUAAAAAGGCUGAAAAAAAGAGAAUAAUGGAGGAAGAGGAGGCCAGACAAGUUGCUGAGCUGAGCAUUUACAGUGCGACCGACAAUCCAUUCCACGACGUUAAUCUUGGUCAGCAGUUCCGCUGGCACAAGAAAAACGAGAAGGAAAAGAAACUUGCUCGGCGGAGGGAUGCGAUUCGACGACAAGAAGCCGAAGAAGAACUAGAGCGAGAGAAGCGGAAGCAACGCCUCCGUGAAGAGGAGGAGGCAAGGAUGCAACGGCUGACAGGAAUCUAUGGUCAAUUCCAACUUGAGCAGGAGCGUGACCGUGCAGCGAUUCGCAUCAGGGAGAAGAGGGCGAAAGCUAUCGAUUUCUUGGCUUUGAACCUACGCUAUGUACACCCGAUAGAAGGUGAGGAGGAUGAUACCGGGCUCGAGAUCGACCUCGACGAGCCAUACAAUAUCCUUGAUAAUCUGAAUCCAGCUCAAGUGGAAGAGCUCCAUGAUGAUAUCGAGCGAUACCUUAGCCUUGAAGAAUCCGAAGUAAACAUUGAUUUUUGGACAAACAUGAUGGUGGUAUGUAAGGAUCGCCUAGACAGGAUAAAAGGCAUUACCACCGCGGCAGCUGCUACCGUCGAAUCGGAUGUAACCGCACUUUUGGCCGGAAAGAGCUAUGAACAUCUUGCAACACUGCAGAAGCAAAUCCAAGCUAAGCUCUCCGGUGGAGAGCCAGUAGAUACAGACUAUUGGGAAGCACUUCUGAAGAAACUAAUAGUGUGGAAAGCCAAGGCGAAGUUAAAAGGCCUCCAUGAGGUUGUUGUCCGCAACCGUCUAGAACAGUUACGGAAACGCCAACGAGAUGAAGCGCUACAAGCCCAGGAGGAAUUGCUUGCAGGGGUUGCACGGUCCGCUGCACAGCAUGUGAAAAGCGGGCGCCCGGUCGCGGCCGUCGCCGGGACAGGGGAGCCAGAUGUGCCGCUUGAGAGCGUGGAACCUUAUGACCGUUCUAUGAGUCCACCAUUAGUCGAUGCUCAGAAAUUGAGUGUCGAAGAGCGAGCAUUUGAGAUCGUGCCUCAAAAGGAUCAACUGCGGUCACUGCUCGAACAACGGCGUGCAGUGGCAGCGUCUCGAUAUGUUCCUAAAGCGGUUCAACCAGUUGUCACGACUGAUGCGCCAGAAGUCACAGCUAGUACCGAUGUCGCCGACGCUCUUUAUAAGGCAGAGGCAGAAAGGGAAUUGGACGAAGAAGAAGAGCUCUUUAACAUGGAAGAAAACAUAGCUCAACCAGCAUCCUACAGUUGGGAAGACAAAUGGCGGCCUCGCAAACCUCGUUACUUUAAUCGCGUGCAUACUGGAUAUGAAUGGAACAAGUACAACCAGACGCAUUACGAUUUGGAUAAUCCACCGCCCAAGGUGGUGCAAGGCUACAAGUUCAAUAUAUUUUAUCCAGAUCUCAUCGACAAGUCAAAGGCACCAACUUAUAAAAUUGUCAAGGAACCUGGCAAUGAGGAUACUGUCCUAUUACAUUUCAGUGCUGGGCCACCAUAUGAAGAUAUUGCGUUCCGUAUUGUAAACCGAGAAUGGGAAUUUUCGCACAAGCGGGGCUUCCGAAGCAGCUUCGACAGGGGUUGUCUAUCACUUUGGUUCAAUUUCCGCCGUAAUGUAUGGUCUUCCCCAAUUUCCUAA